AUGAUACGCCAGUUUCUUCGGAACGCUAGCUCAAAUGCAACGAAAGCGACUAUUUCCACUACAUCUUCUUUAUCUACAUCAACAAACAACAACUACGUAAAUACUCCCGAACAACAACGACAAGAACAGCGACCAGAAUUAUUAACUAUCCUACCGUCCAAGAGAAUUCUUAAUCGAAUAUUAUUUGAUAUUGAUUCACAAUUGACAUAUAAACAAAUGAUCCCAAUAUUGAAUCAUAUAUACAAAAAUUUAUCAACCCCAGAAUCUAUCAAUUUAAAUCAAUUGAAAAUCCAAUCAUCAUAUGACUUGAUGAAAUUUAAAAAAUUAUUACAAGAGAUUAGAAAGGUGACCAAUUCAAUAGAUGUUCAUUUAUUAGAUUUAGAAAAUGAAUUAAUUGAACAACUGGCAGAAUUGGGUAAUAAUGAUGCUAUAACUAUUCUUGCCUUUGAAACCGUAAGAAAACGACAAAUAUUGAAAGAAAUAGUUGAUGAAGAAGAUUAUCAACAUGCAAAUGAAUUAAUUAAACAAUUAAUUGAUAUUAAUCAUCCUUUGGUAUUUAAAAUGGCUGGUGAUUUAUCAUGGGAAUUAAAUCAACCUAAUCAAGCAAUUGAAUAUUGGCAAACCUAUAUUCAACUUGCCAGUAACAAAAAUUCUGGUGGUGACGAUUAUGAUGAUCAUUUAUGUCAAAUAUAUUAUAAUAUGGGAUAUUAUUAUUUUACUUAUUUAAAACACCCCAAUUUAACAUUAGCGAAAUUGAAUUUCCAAAAGUGUAUAAAUCAUGGAUUUGGUGGUGGUGGUGGCAGCAGUGGAGGUAAUUCAAAUGAAUUCAUUGUCAAAUCACAUUUUUAUUUAGGACAAUUAUAUGUCAAUACUAAUCCAAAAUUAAGUAAAUAUCAUUGGGAAAUUUCAUCAAGUUCAGGAUUAAAGGAUUCUAUUAUAAAUUUGGGAUUUUUAGAAAUGAAUUGUUUCCAAAAUUAUAAUUUAGCAAUCGAAUGGUUUAAAUUAGGUGUCGAAUUGAACCCUAAUGAAGCUCAAUGUUUAAUUGGAUUAUUUGAUGCUUAUAUUGCCUUACAGAAUUGGAAACUGGCAAAUAUUUAUUUAAGCAAAUUAAAUAAAUUAUUUGAAACAAUUACAGAAAAGAAGAAAAAGACGUCUGAAUUACCAGAGAGCAUCAAAUCUUCAAUAAUUUAUAAUGAAUCUAUGUUAAAGACGUUCCACGAAACUAGAUUGAAUGAUAUAAAGUUAGUUACUAGUAAAAUUGUAUAG